UAUUGUUUCGCGCUUGAACGUUUCCAGCAAUCCGUGAUGCAUACUUGGUCUUCCAUUGAUGUGUCACUUGUUAAUGGUCACAGAGAGUUCAGUUUCAGGUCCAACGACGCUGCGUAUCCGCUGCCGCGCAGUACAUCACACUUCUUAUAUAUAAAGGAGAUCUUACGAAACUGCGGACGCAUUCGGACUACGGCCGGUCCAGGAAGUCACCAGUCCUCUUGUUCCGCGCUACACAUCAUGCUGCUUGCACUGGUUUUGAACACGUGUCUCUUGGCGCAUAUUGCAGCAGCCAGCCCAAACAUCAACAGUCAACCGCCGCCGCAAUUGAUACAAUACGAAACCGCCAACAUGCCCAACUCGUAUAAUUUUCAUUACCAAGCCAGUGACGGAUCAUCGCGAACGGAAAAAGGGGCUAUUCUAAAUCCUGGGACACCUGAAGCAGCGCUCGACGUCCUCGGAACUGUUCGAUGGUACGACAACAAAGGGCAGCUGUAUGAAAUGUCUUACAAAGCUGGUAAAAGAGGCUAUCGAACAAUCAUCAAGAAAAUUUCAUAAUAUAAGGAAGUUCGAAUAGUUUCGACAGUAGAAAUAAAAGACUGCGAUUUAUAUUUAUUUAACUAUAUUUAUGAUGAAAUAUAUAUCUUUGUAAAUAAGUUAAUUAUUACAAAUAACAUUACUUAAAAAUAUAUGUGC